AUGAUUUUGUUAUUGCUUUCAUGGGUCGGAUCCUUAUUCGGCUUUCUGUUCCUUACCGGAGCUAUUGCUUCUGGCCUCUACUACCUCUCAGAGCUAGUUGAAGAGCACACCUCAAUCGCCCGUAAGUCUCUCUACCGGCUCAUCUACUUCAUCAUCACAGUCGACGUUCUGCUGUGGCUCAUUGAUGGCUUCCCCUUCUGGUUGUCCGUCAUGUCCGUGGGCUCACAGAUGGUGUAUCUACAGAAUCUGAAGCGGUUCCCUAUGAUUGAAUUGACCUCUCCAACUUUUAUUGGAAGUGCUGUGCUCGUCCUCAUUAAUCACUUCCUCUGGUUCUCCCACUUCUCGGACCCUGAGCUUCCCCCGGCGUCUAUUCGAUACCACAAUCUGGACUACGUAGGAGAGACCCGGCUGCCCUUUGCUCAAGUGGCGUCCUACUUUGUCAUCUGCAUCUGGCUUGUGCCCUUUUCACUCUUCAUCUCCCUCAGUGCCUCGGACUACGUUCUGCCCAGCACCAACGAAGUCCAGGGCGGUGAGCAGAAGCGACGAGGCGCCUCGCUGGCCAAAAUUGUCGUCGAUCCUCUUCGAAACCUCUGGUUCAAGAUCGGCGAGAUGUUUGGCUACAAGCGGGUGGGUCAGAUGCCUAUUUAA